GUGUGUGUCACGUGACCAUGUGACCGCGCGGGGCUCAGACAGGACCGUGGAUCAGACAGGACAGGACUGUGUUUGGAUCUCACUGUACUGUUUCGUUUGAAGCUCUGUGUGAAGAAUAUAAGGAAUGGAAGGAGAUGAUGUCAGUUUUCCAGCAGAUUCCUCAGAUAAUCUGUCUCAACGAGGAAGCGUCGCCUCAUCUGCAACACUUUCUCGUGCCCAAGACGUGCUCAUAUAUUUGUUUGGAGAGAGUGCAGUGCAUUUAACAGUGGAAGGCCUCGGGAGUAUCACUGUUCAGGAGUUGGGCCGCAGUGUGCGUGAGGCUUUGAAUAUUCCUGAUGCGAUACAAGAUGUUUUUGCCUUCUGGUUAUGUUCUCCAUUGCUGGAAUUGCAGUUAAAACCAAGACAUCAGCCAUAUAAAUUAUGUCGGCAAUGGCACGACCUGUUGUAUCGCUUCACUGAGGCCUCAGAGGAAGACAUUUCACAAGAUGAGCCUUUUCUUCAAUACCGUCGUAAUGUUUUUUAUUCCAAAUCAAAAGAGCUCCAGAUAGAAGAUGAAGCUGUUCUUAGGCUAUUGUAUGAAGAAGCCAAAAGCAACAUCCUUACAGGGCGAUAUCCCUGUGAUCCAGAGCACUGGAACAGCCUCGGGGCUUUGAGCCUGGCUAUAGAAGAGGGAUGUGGACUAGAGAGCCAAAAGCUAACAACAACAAUAAAGGAAAAGAAGUUGUCCUCCUUCCUGCCUGCUCAUGUUGCUUUGGGGAGUGGAGGGCUGCUGUCGACGCUCAGAGGAAAGUCGAGUCGUCAGGCUGCUCUGGAACAGAACCUUUUAGAAGAAUACAGAAAGAUCAGCACAUCAGCAGGGAGCUCCUCUGAGUGCACACAGCUCCUGCACCAGUACCUCAACACCUGCCACUCUCUGCCUUAUUAUGGAUGUGGCUUUUUCUAUGGGGAAAUUGACAAACCUGUUCAAGGGAUCCUGCAAAGAGGACGACGGAAAGCUGUUACUGUUGGAAUCUGUUUGGAGGGAGUGUAUGUUAUGGAUGUAAAAGAAAAGCACGUACUACUGGGUCUGAGAUUCAGUGAACUGUCCUGGGACCACACAUAUCCAGAAGAGGAGGGUGACUCUCAUAUACUGUGGCUGGAGUUUGAUGGAGAAGAGGAUGGCACUCCUGUGAACAAGCUGCUCAAAAUCUAUUCAAAACAAGCAGAGCUAAUGAGCGGCUUCAUAGAGUUCUGUGUGGAGCUGAAGUGUGUAUCUGAGGCAGCAGCAGCGACAGACGCAGCCUGCGAGCCUGGCCAGUCUCAAGCCUCCGGAAAAGAUUCAAGCAGCAAAAAUGGCCGAGGAGGGCGCCGUGGGUUACUACGGAGACAAAGCAGUGUUGUCUGCAGUCGCGUCCACUCACUUAACACUAUCAGCUAUGUGGAUAAUGGAAAGGAAAUCAAGCGUUUAAAGCCAAAAAGAGCUGCUUCCUUCUUCACUCGACAGGCAACAAUAUCUACUUACUCUGCUGUUCAAGGGGCAGACAGUCUGGAGCAGGGUUAACUUUUCAGCUACUUUCUUUGCCUUGAAAGACCAAACCUUUACAUUUUACACUGAAAGUCAAUGAACAAGAAAACAUUUGUGACUAUUAAUAUAUUGAUGUGGAAAGGACCAAGUGAGGGAUAUUUAUAUCUUGAAGUCAUAUAUAUAAAGAGGAUGCAGUAAUGUGAAAGUAAAGUAUGUCAAACGCUUCCAUCGUUCAAGUUGAGCCUGGAGGAGACAAAGAAGUAGUUUAAUAUGUUGAUAUGAUAAAUGGAUGCGCUGUAUCAUACAUUAUAUCAAGUCAAAACAUUUUAAACAUCUGCAGUAUUCUUGGGUAAUGUGGUUUUAAUAUCUCUGGUAAAGCUCAUUGGGUUGCUACCACUUCCUUACAGUUUAAUUUUGUACUUUUUAGGGCUUUGACAUUCUGUGAAGUUUGUAUUAUUCUGCGGUCAAUAUUGUUGUGGUGAUAUUUAAAACUUUGUUUUCUUACAUACUGUCGGUGCCUUGUUUCUGUUGGUGCCAUGUAACAGCACUAGUUUUUUGUUAACCUGAAUAGUUCUAUUUCUCAUGUUGGACAUUCAUUGUCAUGGUUAAUGCCUCAAAUUAUAUAAGACAAUUGAUUUUAUAAUUGGAUUAUACAGGAAGAGGUUUAAAUUGGAGAGACCAAUUGUACAGUAUGUUAUGUCUUUCUCAUAUCCCUUGCCUAAAAUGGCAAUGAUGAUCUGUAGGGUUACUGACUUGCAUGUUAAAUGAUGUUCACUGCCAUAGACUUGCUCUAAUCUUAACAAGUGGCACUAUUUGUGUUGACAGAUAUUGCAAAAAAGAACAAGGCUUCCUCGUAGAGUAAAAAUGAAAAUCAGUGGAACACUGAUGCAAUACAAUAUUUUUAACUUUGUAAUAUCCAAACUAAUGUGAACUAUUUCUAAACCUGGAUAGAUUUUACUAGAUAAAAUAAUUGUGGAAGGGAAGAUGCAUUGUUGAGCAAAAACAAUUGUGUUAUUGAAAUAUGCUGUUACAAUCACACCAAAGUAAGCCUGCUUCUGCUGAAGCCUGCAGUACAGUAUGCAGCCUGAGGCCUUACAGGUAAAAACUAACAAUCACUCGUGUUCGGUUGUUGUCUAAUAGCAGUUUACUUCACAAUAAGCCAUUAAAACGCAGCCUUCCUCCAUAGACCUUAAAAAACUCCAGCAGUGCAUUGUAUUGUCUCAUACUGUACAUGGUGAUGCAUGUUGUGCAUGUGUUGUAAAAUAGUCAUUCCCACAACAGAAACAUACUGCACUAUUAAUACCAUUUGACCUGUUCAUGUUUUUUAACUGCUUUACUUCAGAUGUUUUGUAUAUUUCAUGAGUAACAUAUUUGUAUACUAAUUUAAAGACAUUUAAAACACCUCAAAACAUAAAGUGCCUAUUAAUUUGCACAGUUUUGGCUGAAAGGUCUGCAGCUUGCCUUGGAAAAUGACUGUAUGGAGUUGCUCCCAUCUAAAAUGAUACAUUGUGUAUGUUUUGUCACAUUUUAUUAUGUAAUUUUUCUCAAUAAAUGCACAACCAAUGUUUU